AUUGCAUAUUUAUAUGAGAAUCUUGUUACAGCGAAUGAGUAUAUACUGCGCAAAUGCAUAGCUACCGCGGAGUUAAUCAGGAGGCACAAAAACGAGGGGGUUAACUCACGCAAAGCCGAGGCGAACUUGUCCCAAUCGCAGGCGGAACAACGUAGAAAUUACGAAUCUACGGCAACGAUUCUGCCGACUAACGUCUCCCGGAUGGAAACUCCCAGGCCGAUUUCCAGCAGCGUACACCGACGCACGACUCACAUGAGAAGGCGCGGUAACGCGCACGCGCGUCGUAUCAUGGGCAAACACCUGGCGGACACACCUCUCAGGACUCUGCACAUCGACGCGCCGCAGGAUAGACCGCCGGCCUUCACAAAGAAGAGUCCGCUACCGGAACUAGCGCGCGACGCGUCCGGCAGAAAGAUCGACUCGUCGUCGAAUGUGAUAAUUAUUAAAUCGGUCACUUAACGUCCUGCAAAUGGCGCUCGGUUCUCGCACUGAUUUUACUCUACGA